AUGGCAUGUCUCGCAUCCGACUACUAUGAAUCGAUUCGACCUCAUCUCCGCUAUCCAGCUCUUGCUUCUCAGUCUGAGGAGUCUAAUAUCUAUGUUUUCGAAACCACACCCGAGACCGUGUAUUCGUUUAAGAACAGCGAACUAUUCGAGACUCAUAUCGCAAAUACCCCGAAGCCAGAAGCCCGCAUAGUGUCAAUAUGCUGUCGAAAUUCUCUGCGACCUUUAGGCAUCACCGAACAGGCCAUGCGCAAGCUCAUGAGCCAGUACGACAUUGAUUCUUCGUUCUUCGACCUAGUUGUUUCAUUCGGCGACAAGCCACGGAGCUCUGAUGCUGGCCAUGGGGGCAUGAACGUGAAACAGGGAGCCAAUGGCGCAUACGGUACUCCCCCUUUGGUUCGGCUUGGGUAUGUAUCCCGCGCUAACUUUGCAGAUAUGCAAUAUCUCUUCACGUAUGCAGAAGAUGACAACAAGGGAAGAGAAACGGUCUCGUGGAGGAUCCGCCAAGUCUGUGUCUUCCAUCGAUACGACCCCUCGAAGUCGGGGAAUCUCUGGAUCUUGCUUCAUGCAAGCCCUCAAUCGAAGCUCCAGCGACAAAUAGAACAGACACUAUCAACAAGCCCUGCCGCUCUUCUUGACGAGUGGUCUUCCAUUCAUCUGCUAGUUCUGUCCACUUACCUGGGCGGUUGGCGCUGGUGCAUUCGGAAUCUGGGCGACGAGAUCGAAAAGACUGUGGAUAUCGCACUUACUCUGGAUCUGUCAAAACCGCGGACAGGGGAUCAUAAGGAUAGGCUUGUUUACCUUCUCAAACACCAGUACCUGGGCGAUAGGCUAGUUCCAGUCGCUUCUCGGGUUGGUGUUGCUUUGACAACACUGCACCGGUUAGAGCAGAUUAACUCAUUCUUCCACUCGAAGAGAUUCUCAAGCGAUGAAGAAUUCCAAUCUGUGGCCGGUGAUCUGGCGUAUUAUAUAACAUCCCUAGAAGGACAUCUUGAAAGUGUUAACGUGCUAGAACGAAAGGUUCGGGGCAUAUCGGAUCUGCUGGGAGUUGCCUUGACGGUGGAAAACCAAGCUGUGACUAUAGACAUCAACAACAAAAUGCUCGAUCUCAAUAACAAGCUGGUAAAGCUCACCAACAAGUCUUUGGAUGGAAAUGCCACUGUUCGAAUCGUGACGCUGGUGACAUUGAUAUACCUGCCAGCCAGCUUUGUCUCCGUGGGUGCCCAAACCUACCAGAUUAUCUGCAUUCAUCCGUUAUGA